AUGGCUCACGUCACUAACCGUGCGUUCGCGUUGGAGAAGGAGGCGAAGGCGGUCGCGUUCGAAAGGGCAGCGCUGUGCGAUACGCGCAACCAGGAGGCCUUGGUCCUGGGGCGCGUGGACGCGAGGUUGGGUCAGCUGCAGGGGGUGGUGGCAGACUCCCUCGAAACCGCUCAGAAGAAGUUGACCGACGAGGUUGCCCGGAAGAUCGACAACAUGUCGACCGCGGUGUCCGCGACAGCCGAGCGGGCAAUCACAACCAGCGGGGUCACCAACGCGCUGCACACCCUCAUCGUGCUCGUCGGAGGAAGCCCACCCACGCGCACGGACAAUGGUGAACCAGCCGCGACGGACACCGCCGAGCCCGGGGAUGCUGAGCAUGGAAAGCGGUCGGCGGGUGUGAAGGGCGAGAGUCAGCGGGGCCCGAAGAGGCAGAGGGGUCCACAGGCAGCGGCUGCGGUGCGCCACCCGAGCGUGCAUGACAUUCUCAAGAACAAGUGGGCCGCUGCAUCGCGAGGAGCUGUACCGCCUGGUCAACCUGGGUCGAGCUCGCGCUCCAUCCCACCUGGAGAAGCCGCACCCAUUCCACCGGGUCCUGCCAGGGCAGCCGCGACAGUGACAACCGCUGUGGGUAAGGGCAAGGGUAAGGUGGAGGAGGGAGAGGUGCCGGCCGCUGCGGGUUCGCUGGCCGCGAGGCGUGAGGGGCAGUCCGCGGCGGCUGCUGCGGCGGAUCGAAGGCAGACCGCUCUCGCACCCGCUCUUCCCGCGAUCACCGCGGGACACCUGCACAGCGCGCUGGCAUCUGCAGGUCCGAGCGCGGCCGCGGGCGAGGCCAAGACGGAAAAACGCGGGCGAGGCAAGAAGUUGCCCCCUCCACCAGUGUACACCAUCGACGAGGACGAUGCGGACGAAGAGCUCGAGAAUCUCGCGAGCCGGUGGGUCGGGGAGGAGGGCGACGGAGGAGAGCAGGGUGUGGUGGACGUGGUCGAACUUCAUAGCGGCGAGGAGAGCGCGGACGAGCAGGACGAAGACCCCGUGGUCGUGCCAAGUGGCCCAACGGGGGGACAGGGUGACACACGGUGGCUUGGACAAGGCGACCGCGACGACCUGCAGUACAAGACCGCAGUCGCGAUGAUGCCGUACGACCUGAAGGUGGAUCCCGGGCUGCACCUCAGCUCUAAGCAGAUGCGGGAGUGGGCCGCGGACCUGUCCGCUGCCGAGGGGCUACACACGGGCCUCCUCAUCACCAUGCAUCACCGCAACCUCGUGGCCAGCAGGGAAAGGUGGACCCGCAUGUUCAAACACUACCGCGAGCUGACCCAGCCCGGGUCGACCACCACCAACGAGAUUGCAUGGGCCGCGGUGGUGGGCACGGAGGCUGCUGCAGAAGAGACGGAGCUCUACCGCGAUGUGGAUCCGAGGGAUUACGCGGGAGCGAUCGCGUGCGCGAUCGCAAUGGUGUGGGAGUUGACACGCGGUUCUGCGGUCUCGACCGCGUCGGAUUCUGGCAAUUUGGCCGCGCGAGCGGUUAACUGCCAGAGGGAUCGAUGCCGUCUGUUCCCCGUUGUAACCGCGUACGUCAUCAGGGCUGUGCGGAGGCGCAAUUCUCGCGAGAAGCAAGCUGGUGACGACGAGCCGAAGGUAGUCGCGGAUCCGAAGGUGGUCGCGGAGGCGAUUGCAUCUGAAGUCGUGAACGACGUCGUCGCCAAGUCUCGCGACCUCAGGCACAUUGAGAUGGCUGCUCGCGAAACGGUGGACGUUAUCAUCACCUGGUGCGACUGCUCGGUUGCAGGGAAGGUCAUGGAGUCCAUUGGGCUUUACCUUGCCCUGCCCAAGGAUCGUCCGAAGAAGCGGACCUGA